UCGCUGUCAGAAAUGUCGCAGAAACGAAAGCCCUGAGUUACGGUUAGGAUCAUGCCUGAGAAAAGCGCCCACAAAGUUCACCCGGCUCCCGAUUGGCUGACCUCGGAUUAUGUGCAGGAAAAGCUGAGGAUCUACUUCAAGAACAGUUCCUUGAAACUGGAGAAUCUGGACACAAAGCCAGCCGUGGCCAAUGGAGGAAACUAUGGCAGCGUGAUGACGCGAAUCAAUGUGGAGUACACCACAAAGGAGGUUAAGGACAAGCAGGUCACUACCUUCCUGGUCAAGACUACAUUUGCGGACCAGGAUCCCGCGGGCGAUGUGCUCAUCCACUAUGGGGUCUACACCAGGGAAAUGGAAAUAUACGAGAGCAUCCUGCCUCAACUGGCGGAUAUGGUGAGGAAGGAGCUAAAAGACCCUAGGAAGCUGUUUGCUGCAACCAUGGACGUGGAUCGUAAGCGGGACUCGAUCAUCUUUGAGGAUAUGUCGCUGGAUCACUACAAGGUGGCCUGUCGCCGGAAGAAACUGGAUCUAGAGCACACUCAUCUGGUGCUGGAAAAGCUGGCUAGUUUUCAUGCAGCUGCAUCCGUUCUCGCCGAGCGUCAACCAGGAAUCUUUGCAAAAAACUAUGAUCGAGGAUUUUUUAACAAACACACCCGGGCCUACGGAAAGAUCAUGACCAAUCUUCUGGAGGCCCUUUCCCGCUCCCUCAGUUCGGAUCAGGAGUUGGGUCCACGAUACAAGGACAAGAUCGAUCGGCUAAUCGAACAUCUAAUGGACUAUGGCGAAAGGUCCACGACAAAUAGUCCUGGCGAUUUUUUAACCCUAGCUCAUGGGGAUCUUUGGACCACAAAUUUUAUGUUCCAGUAUGAUGACAAAGAUCAUCCCAAAAAUGCCAUAUUCAUCGACUUCCAGUUCAGCGUGUGGAACUCUCCAGCCAUCGAUCUGCACUAUUUUUUUGCCACCUCGUUGCAAGAUAAUCUCCGUUUCGAGCAUCAGUCGGAAUUGGUUCAGUUCUAUUACUACAAGCUAGUGGAGGCCCUCAAGAAGUUCAAGUUUUCUGGCACGAUACCCAGUUUGUUUGAUUUCCAAAUGCAGUUCCGCUCGAGAGGAUUUUAUGCUGUCUUUUGUUCGCUGAUUUUCGAGCCCGUCAUGAUGUACGAGGGCAAGGAGGAAGCUUCUCUUGAGCAGGUUCUUUCCAAUUCAGAGAGUGCAAUGCGAUUCAAAGAUUCUGUUUAUGAGCCGGAGGCCGUUAAAAAGAAGCUAAGUGUCACGCUACCCUUUCUUGAUCAGUUCGGUUUGCUAGACGAAAUGUGAUACGAAUGUUAGUACACAGAUAAAAAAAAGUGUAAAAUUAAAAAAUUGUUCUUAAAUUAAGAACGUUUGGUCAUAGAAAUGAGUCAAGACCGAAUGUUCUUAAAUUAAGACAAAAUGUCUUAAAUCUAGAACAAUUGGAAUUUUGUUUAAUUUAAGAAUACUUUAUAUGGCUAAAAAGGAGCUAAAGAAAAAUAAUUAACUUUGAAA